AUGGGUGGUUUUUAUGCAAGCAGCAUGUGGUGUCCUUGGAAGACAAUAAUAACAGAGGAACAGGAACACGACAUUAUGGUCUCAGCUCUCAAGCACGUUAUCACUGGCGGCAUCCAUGGUCUCACCCCACAACACUUUCAACUACGAGAACAACAACCAGUCCCGGCUAGUGCUGCCACUUUCUCAUUAUCAUCAACCAGCAAGAGGAGCUCGAAGAAGAAGAAGAAGAAGAAUGAUAAUGAGAAGAGAUACAGGGGAGUGAGGCAGAGGCCUUGGGGGAAAUGGGCUUCUGAGAUUCGAGACCCAAGGGAAGUGAAGCGAAAGUGGCUAGGCACGUUCCAGACGGCGGAGGAGGCUGCCCGGGCUUACGAUAAGGCUGCCAUCAAGUUCCGUGGACCCAGAGCCAAGCUUAAUUUCCCUUUCUCAGACUAUGGGGAAAAGCCAAGCGACAUAAAAGAAGAUCAGGUUGCCGAACAAGACCACAAUCUCGAAGUUAAUCCAAAUGUUAAUGCGGAGACAAUGACAGAGAGCGAGACACAGACUUUGGAAGUGGCAAAUAGCAAUGACGAAGAGAAUGAGUUUUUGGAUUGGCUUACGUUGGAAGAACUUGAAGGGUUGUUGAAGGAUUGGCCUGACAAUCUCAAUGACCCUACCAAUGACCCCACUCAGUAA